UCCGUUUCAAAGACCGCCUCCUGAUUUUCUGCAGUUUCUCCUAAAGUUGAUCUUUAAAACAAAGUUUGGCAGCUAUCAGUGAACGGCUUUAUUUGUGUCCAGCAUAGUGAGCCAGAUUCACUUCUCUGUUUUCUGAUUUGGUCAGAAAAACGCGACCAGCCGCAGCUCCAGGCCCCUGUUCCUGCUCGCUGUGUCCUUCCAGGCAUGUCUCAGGCCAGUCUGCAUGGCAGGUGGACUGUCUCUAGCAGCGAUGAUGAUGAUGAUGAAGACAUUCCUCCUUCAGGGACUACUGCACCCAAGCCCCGCAGGUCUCCCUCUCCAGUACCAGAGCCAACUCCUCUGGAGGUGAAAGCAGAACCAGUCAGAACGCCAGUAUCCUCCUCACUCACUAUUGGCUCUGAAGCCAGACAGUCAGCAGCGAGGAACCAGUUAAACCCAGUAAAGUUUGAAAACAGCCCAUCGCUGGCUGGGAAGCGGAAGAAGGAGGCCUCUGAUGGUUCCGGUUGGGCUCUCUCAGACAGUGACGAAGAUGAUGAGGUGAAGAAUGACAGGCAGGUUAAUCCGCCAAAGCAGGCGCCUCCAAACGGUGAAAGAAAAAAAGCCAAGAUGGAGAGCGAGCGUCCGCCGAGUCCCCACGGCCGACUGUACUACAUCGACGAGCCGGACAACUUCUUCGAGUCUUCUGUUCCCUGCCUGAAUGACACCUACAGAUUUUACCUGAACAAAGUCACAGGGCUGGACAGGAAGUACAACAGUGGAGCUCUGCACAUCAGAGACAUCCUGUCCCCGUUAUUUGGCACCCUAAAAGAGUCCGUUCAGUUUAACUAUUGCUUUGAUAUUCCCUGGAUGGUAAAGCAGUUCCCACCAGAGUUCAGGCAUUGUCCGGUUCUGAUCGUCCAUGGAGAUAAAAGGGAGGCCAAAGCACGGCUGCUUCAGCAGGGCCAGCCUUUUCCACAUGUUCGUUUCUGCCAGGCUAAACUGGACAUUGCUUUUGGGACUCACCACACGAAGAUGAUGCUGCUGUGGUAUGAGGAAGGCUUCAGAGUGGUCAUCCUCACCUCCAACCUCAUCAGAGCUGACUGGUACCAGAAGACCCAAGGGAUGUGGAUGAGCCCUCUGUUUCCACGGUUACCUGAGGGGAGCAGCGCAAGUUCGGGGGAGUCGCCCACCUUCUUUAAGCGGGACCUGCUGGAGUACCUAGCAUCAUACCGCGCUCCAGAACUGGAAGAUUGGAUCCAGCGGAUCAAGGAGCACGACCUGUCGGAGACUAGAGUUUAUUUGGUCGCCUCAAUGCCGGGGAGAUACGUGGGUGCAGACAUGGAGCGCUGGGGCCACCUGAGGCUCCGGAAGCUGUUGCAUGAGCACACGGAUCCUAUUCCAGGUGAAGAAAGGUGGCCUGUGAUUGGCCAGUUCUCCAGCAUCGGCUCCAUGGGGGCCGAUAAGACCAAAUGGCUGGCAGGGGAAUUUCAGCGCACUCUGACCACACUGGGAAAGUCCUCCCUCCGUCCAGACCCUCCCAUGUAUUUGCUGUACCCAUCAGUGGAAGAUGUGAGGCUGAGUUUAGAGGGUUACCCUGCUGGAGGUUCUCUUCCCUACAGCAUCCAGACGGCUCAGAAACAGAUCUGGCUCCACUCAUACUUCCACCGCUGGAAGGCAGGCCGGACAGGAAGGAGUCACGCCAUGCCGCACAUUAAAACCUACAUGAGGGUUUCACCUGAUUUCACCCAGCUUGCCUGGUUCCUCGUCACAAGUGCCAACCUGUCUAAGGCAGCAUGGGGGGCACUAGAGAAGAACAACACUCAGAUAAUGGUGCGGUCAUACGAGCUGGGGGUGCUCUACGUCCCAUCAGCAUUUAACAUGAAGACAUUCCCCGUUGAUACCAACCCGUUUCCCGCCUCCUCCCCUACAUCCGGUUUCCCGGUACCCUUUGACCUCCCCCCUACCAGCUACACAUCAAAAGACCAGCCGUGGAUCUGGAACAUCCCCUACAGCCAGGAGCCGGACACCCACGGCAAUAUCUGGGUUCCCUCUUAGAAACACGCCUGUACCCAAACUGUUGGUACCUGAUAGCCCCCUCUGUAGCCAUUAGCUGAACAUAAGCUAUUUUUAUACUCUACUCUAGACUCCCAUUUUCACUAAAUAAAUAAAUAAAAUCAUUUUU